AUGGCUUCAAACAACAAUGGCCGCACGGCAAGUGAGAGCUUCAAAGCUCAAGCUCUUGUUUACAGGCACAUGUAUGGCAUCCUAGACUCCAUGUGUCUCAAGUGGAUCGUUGACUUUCGCAUACCAAACAUAAUCCACAACCAUGGCAAACCCAUUACUCUUUCAGAAUUGGUUUCUCUUCUGAAAAUUCCAUCGGCUAAAGUUGAUAGCACGGAUCUUUUCAUGCACUACAUGGCACAUAAUGGAUUCUUUGAUAUAGUGACAAUUCAUGGUGACGAUGAUAGCAACCAAGAAGAAGAAAAGGAAGCAUUUGCUCUCACAGCAGCAUCAGAGCUGUUGAUCAAAGGCACUGAAAACCCUUCUAUAUCUCCGGUGGUAGAGAUGUUUCUCGAUGACCCAACUCUUUCAAGUUCCAUGCAUCAUCUAAACAAGUGGUUUUAUGACGAAAAUCGCCCUCUUUACGAAAUCACCUUGGGAAAACCUUUGUGGGAGUUUCUUGAUAAGAACCCUACAAACUUGAGCUUGUUCAAUGAUGCUAUGGCCAGUGAUUCUCAGAUGAUAAAGUUGGCACUAAAGGAUCAUCACAUGGCCUUUGAGGGGUUGGAAACAAUUGUAGAUGUUGGUGGUGGAAAUGGAACCACAGCUCAAAUUAUCAGUGAGAAAUUUCCAGCACUCAAAUGUAUAGUAUUUGAUCUUCCACAUGUUGUGAAAAAUUUGAAGCGAUCCAACAAUUUGAGCUUUGUUGGUGGAGAUAUGUUUGAAUCUAUUCCUAAGGCUGAUGCAAUUCUACUUAAGCUAGUCUUACAUAAUUGGAGUGACGACAAUUGCAUAAAAAUAUUGAGAAACUGCAAAGAUGCUGUUAAUGCUUCAAGUAAGAACAAAAAUAAAGGUAAAAUAAUAAUUUUGGAGGCUGUGAUCAAUGAAGAACAAGAUGAGCCUGAAAUUACUCGACUCAAAUUUCUUAUGAAUAUAAGCAUGCAUAUUAUGCUUCACGGAAAAGAGAGAACCAAAAAAGAAUGGGAAAGUAUCUUUUGUGUAGCUGGCCUCUAUAAUUACAAGAUAUCUCCAUUUACAGGACAUUUAUCACUUAUAGAGGUCUAUCCUUAA